AUGGGCAUCGCGCUUCCGUUCGUCCGCAUCGUCGGGACGAACCUGGCGACAAGCUUCACACGCGAUGGCGAGAAAGUGGACGCGCCGACGUCGAGCGACCCGAUGGCGAAGGACGGGGGGAACGGGCCGAAGGCGAUCAUCAAGAACGUGGACAUGAGCGAGGAGAUGCAGCAGGAGGCGGUCGACGUCGCGAGCGCGGCGCUGGAGAAGUACAACAUUGAGAAGGACAUCGCGGCGCAGAUCAAGAAGGAGUUUGACCGCCAGCACGGGCCCACCUGGCACGUCGUCGUCGGCAAGAACUUUGGGUCCUAUGUCACGCACGAGACGAAGCACUUCAUCUACUUCUACAUCGGCUCUCUCGCCAUCCUCAUCUGGAAGCCCUCAGCACCACGAGCCGGGAAGACGAUUCGCUGUGUUGUCCGAAGCUACGCGCGCUCGACGUCAAGUCUGCACAUGCCGCCUGUGCACGGCCAGGACGAGCCCGCCGUCGAGUCCGCAGUCACUAGAUUACUGGUGUCGAUCAAAGUCCUCCUCGAAUCCCUCACACAAUGGAGCAAGAACAUCGUCGAUGAGAACCAUGAGCUUUCGGGCGUGCCAGAAGACCUCCGUAGCGUCCUCGAGUCCUGUCUUUCCGAGGAGGCAACAACGAACAAUCUCGAGAUUUUCCUCCCCGAGGUGCGCAAGAUUAUCACAAGUCUGCUCCAAGGUCUGCGCGGCAAACAGUCGAUAUAUCGGCGCAUCGUCUCCGACCAGAAGAGCGGAAACGGCAGCGAUCGCGACUCCCGCAGUUCACGGAGCGUGCGGGAGGACGGUAUAUCGCGCCAGUCCUCCCGUCGCCCCACACCCUCCAACGACGUUCCCCCACGAAGCACCACCCCAUCGAACUCUGGCGGCUUUGCAGCCCCGGGCACCAUGCCCGAAGACCAGGCGCGGUCAGCGCGCUCGUCAACACCUGUACAACCACGCCAGUCUGUCAGCUCCUCUAUGUCUGUCCCGCUUCCCCGUGCGUAUUCCACCUCUUCCGCCGACCCCAACUUCCCGCGCGACCCGCGCAGCCAAACCAACGGGUUUGGAACUCCCCCACCCCCGCCCGAUCUUUCCUCUGCCCCGCCAACGCAAGCCCCCGUGCCGAGCCAUGUCAAGCGAUUCUCGCUCGUGGACGCGCCCGUCCCUUCUCCCCCCACCGUCGUGAUCGAAGAGAGUGCUACGCCGCCGCCGCCACCCCCGGAACCCUUGACGCCCAACAGCCCCCCGACCGACAGCGUACCGCUCGAACAAGCUCCCGCGGUCCAAACGUCGCUCGCCGCACUCAAGAAGGCCGAGGCGCUCGAGCGGCGCGCGUCGAAGCGUUUCUCGACAUACAACAUCUCCAAGAUGACCGGUGGCACCGUCCGUGAGCGCGGUGGCGGAGGGACCGGUGCGGGCAACCGACGCUCACUGCUCGCCGCGAACGGACAGCUCACUCCGGGCGACCUCGCCGCGCUCGCGGAGGAUGGCGAGACUGCAAGUCCGCGCAAGAAGGGGACCCGGUCGCAGCGGAAUCGUGCCCCCGCGAUCGAAGAGGGAGAGGAGCCGCCCCCGGUACCACCGUUGCCCAUGGCGCCGUCCCCAGUGCCGGCCGUGGUCGUCUCAUCGGGGUCGAGCGAGAUGGUGAACGGGCUAGCAACGCCGGAGGUGCCGCGCGAGCCGGAGUAUGAGCCCGGGAAGCCAUUUCAAGUGUUUCUCCAGGUCGGCCGGGAGGUCAAGAAGGUCCAGCUCGAACCGCCACUUUCCCUGUCGACGCUACGGAUGCUGUUCGUCGACCGGUUCUCGUACUCGCCGGGCCAGGACAACUUCCCCCCGAUCUACAUCCGCGACCCGGCGAGCGGAGUGCAGUACGAGCUGGAGGAUGUGGAGGAGGUGAAGCCGAAGGUGCUGCUAUCGCUGAACAUUGAGCCGCUUGAUCAAAUCAAGCAGCACAUCGACACGCAAAUUUCGUCGCUGCAGCAGGACAUCAAGGACCUUCGAACCGCUGUCGUUAGCAAUCGCAGAACGUCGACCAUCAUCGCCCAGCCGAUGGAAUCCACGCCCGCUGCGCCGCGACCGCCCGAAGCCGUGUUCCGGGACGCAGCUCGGCGGAUAUCGCGCAUGCUCCCCGACCAGAAGACUCCCUCGAAGCGCGAGAAGAGCGCUGAGCCCAUCUCAGGCUUGCCGCCAACCAUGGAACCCCUCGCGCCGCAGUGGACCGGGACGACGCUACAACCGCAGAUGACGGGCGCGUCCGAGUACACGACCCGGGUCGUGUCCGACCUGAAGACGCAGUUCGACGAAGUGCAGAAUCUCCGGCGCGACCUCGGCAUCAUGCGCCAGCUCUACACCGAGUUCAUGAGGUCCACCAAGGACUCUCUCGGCACGCUCAGGUCGCAGACUGCGACCGUCAAACAACUCGCGAGCGCGCAGGUCGGCGGCGCGCGUGCGUACAUUGACACGGGCAAGGCGAAGCUGGACACGCGGUCGAGCAGCGUGCUGACGAAGAUGGAGGAGCUUCAAGACACGGUGGAGAACAUCAAGGACGACGUGCUCAAGCGGAACGUCUCCCCGCGCACCGUGGUGCUCAAGCAGGUCCGCGGGGACGUGGACGCGAUGACUCAGGAGCUGCAGAGCCUGCGGGAUCACAUCCAGACGGUGAAGCCGAUGUGGAAGAAGACGUGGGAGGAGGAGCUCCAGAACAUCGUCGAGGAGCAGCAGUUCCUCCAGCACCAAGAGGAGUUCCUUGAGGAUCUCUUCGAGGACCACAAGGCCGUCCUCGAGGUCUUGGGUCACGUCGAGAAGGUCAUCUCGCUCCGCGGAUCGAGCUCUGGGAAGCGACGCACGCCCGCGUUCAAGCCGCCGCUCACAGAAGAGGGCCACGGCGGGAUCUCGACGGUUAUGUUCGAGAUCCGCGGCGCGGCAGUGGACCCCGAAGCGCGGAUGAAGGCUAUCCAGGCGAACGAGCGUUCCCGUGCGAAAGAUCUGGCGAACCGGACGGACGAGUUCCAGAACGAGCUCGAGGGUUUCGUGUCGGGCAAGAAGCUGCGGAUGACGGGCGGGGCGGAGGAGGUGGAGCGGGUGCGGCAGCGGCGCAACGAGCUGACGAUCAAGGCGAUGUUCAACGCUGCUGGGGGUGCGGGGCGUCAGCGGGGGCGAACGGGAGUGGGGUGA